CGCAUGCUCAUGUCAUCAAGUCAUUACACACACUAUUUCUCUCUUUCUUACCCAACUCUAUAUAACAUUCCUCCUUCUUCUUUUCUUCUUCUCAUCGAACAACUCUCUCUCUCUUCUCUCAUCUCCUCUCCUCUCCUCUCUCUCUUUCACUCUUCAGACCAGAAAAAAACAACAGGGAAACAAUCAGUGUCAGAAACAUAUACAACUACUAGGAUCAACAAACACAAAAGCCAUCAUCAUGGUCUCUCUUCUUGCAAUGUCGAUGACUGGUGCUAAAACAUGGCCUCAAACCCACACUGAUUUGGGCUUUAAGCCCAUUACAAGACGGUCGAAGAUUAUUAAAUGCACGGUGCAGAUCGACGUUACUACCGACUUAACCCAAAAACGACAACUAUUUACCCCCAAAACCACCGCCACUCCCCCGCGGCAUAAUCCUCUCCGCCUUAACAUUUUCCAAAAAGCGGCGGCGAUUGCUAUCGACGCCGCUGAGCGCGCUUUAAUAUCACGUGAACAUGAUACUCCUCUUCCCAAAACCGCCGAUCCACGUGUUCAAAUAGCCGGGAACUAUUCUCCGGUAUCUGAAUCUCCCGUCCGGAGAAACCUCACCGUCGAAGGAACAAUCCCUGAAUGCAUUGACGGAGUCUAUGUCCGUAACGGUGCAAAUCCGAUGUUUGAGCCAAUAGCUGGACACCAUCUGUUCGACGGUGACGGUAUGGUUCACGCCGUUAAAAUAACCAACGGUUCAGCUAGCUACGCUUGCCGGUUCACCAAAACCGAGAGAUUGGUUCAGGAAAAACGAUUGGGUCGACCGGUUUUUCCGAAAGCAAUCGGCGAGCUUCAUGGCCACUCGGGAAUCGCACGUUUGAUGCUGUUUUACGCACGUGGGAUUUGUGGUCUCAUCAACAACCGAAACGGCGUCGGAGUAGCCAACGCCGGUUUGGUUUACUUUAAUAACCGGCUUUUAGCUAUGUCUGAAGACGAUUUACCGUACCAAUUAAAAGUAACUCAAACCGGCGAUCUCCAAACCGUUGGACGUUUCGAUUUCGACGGUCAGUUAAAAUCCGCCAUGAUAGCCCACCCGAAACUCGACCCGGUUACGAAGGAGCUUCACGCGUUAAGCUACGACGUCGUUAAGAAGCCUUACCUGAAAUACUUCAGAUUCUCGCCGGAUGGCGUGAAAUCGCCGGAAUUGGAGAUCCCUCUCGAAACUCCGACGAUGAUUCACGAUUUCGCUAUUACUGAGAAUUUCGUGGUGAUUCCGGAUCAGCAAGUCGUGUUUAAGCUCGGUGAGAUGAUCUCCGGUAAAUCUCCGGUGGUUUUCGACGGAGAAAAGGUAUCGAGAUUGGGGAUAAUGCCCAAAGACGCGACGGAUGCUUCUGAGAUCAUCUGGGUGAAUUCGCCAGAGACGUUCUGUUUCCAUCUCUGGAACGCGUGGGAAUCGCCGGAGACGGAGGAGAUCGUGGUGAUCGGGUCGUGUAUGACGCCGGCGGAUUCAAUCUUCAACGAGAGAGACGAGAGCUUGAGAAGCGUCUUGUCAGAGAUCAGGAUAAACCUCAGGACGCGUGAAGCCACGCGCCGUGCUUUGCUGGUUAACGAGGAUGUGAAUUUAGAGAUCGGUAUGGUUAACCGGAACCGGUUAGGUAGAAAAACCCGGUUCGCGUUUUUGGCUAUCGCUGAUCCUUGGCCAAAAGUUUCCGGUUUCGCUAAGGUCGAUCUUUUCACCGGAGAGAUGAAAAAGUACAUUUACGGCGGUGAGAAAUACGGCGGAGAACCGUUUUUCUUGCCCGGUGAGGGCGGAGGAAAUGAAGAUGACGGUUAUAUAUUCUGUCACGUUCAUGAUGAAGAAAAAGAGACGUCGGAGCUCCAGAUUAUUAACGCCGUUAAUUUAGAGCUUGAAGCUACGAUUAAGCUACCGUCUAGAGUACCGUAUGGGUUUCAUGGGACAUUCGUGGAUUCGAGGGAACUCGUGGAUCAAUUAUAAUAAUUAAUGUAACGUUUGAAUAAUGUGAUAAAUUAGAAAAAACUUAGAUAGGUUGUAAAAUGUUAUCAAUUGUUUCUAACAAUUUAUACAAUGUUAGUAA